CAAGCAGCAAAGCAGAAGACAGUUGGGAUAAUUUGCCAAAGCGCAUUUAAGGAUAUUAUACUUCCCCGUGAGCUCUACAAAUAGACCAACAGCAACCAUGUCAGCACACGCCAGCCUGCUCCUUCUCAUCACUGUGUGUGUGUCCAUGCAGGAAGGUGAGUACUACAGCGCUAUUACUAUAAUAAAUUAUCUAAGGAUUUGUUAUUUCUUCCACAAGCAAAAAAUUAACUUAAUAAUGUCAUUGAAGCAUUGAACAUAAUAAUGGUCAAGUGUCUUCCACUGAUCAUUUUCUGAAUGCAUAACUGAAUUCAAAAUAUCUAUUGGGAAUGACGCACUAUAUAAAAAAUUAUGAAAUUGUAUUGAGGUUCUGCGCUACUGUCUUGCAUCAACAAAACACUGGCUAACUUUUCAUUGAAACUAAUUAAUCUCCCUAUAAAAUAGUGACAUGGUGCAGCAUUGUUUUCAUUGUUCAGAGCAAUGUAAACACUUACUCAUGCACACACUCAUUAUAUUCAGUGACAAGAUAUACAAACCAACAAAGACACACGUUUCAGAGACACACGUUUCAGCAAGCCCUGUUCCAAUUGUCACAUCAUCAAUGAAGAUUUAUCGUUAACACAUUAAGACCAGUAUUACAUCUCACUUCAACCUUGCUGACUAGCUCAGGGGUACACAUUCUCAAAUGUUAAUUCUCUGGAGAACCUCUUCAUCUCACUCAGCAAAUAGAUUAUCUUGUAUUUGAGUGAUCUUGGUUGUCAAAAGCACCUUAAACUUGAACUUGUGAGAGCAUGACAAUGUUUGCUACCUGGUUGUACAGACUUUUCAUUGUACAGUCAGAAAAUACCAGAGGCUGUGUUUCUCCAAACUCUGGUCAUCUCUGUAACGGGACAAAUGAGAUGUUAUGACUCCACUGAAACACUAGCACACAUUCCCCUCCUAUCGAGGGACCCACUUACUUACUUAACACAGUCAAUAAAGAGGUGGAGUCUUCUCUAAAUGUCUGCUUGCACUAUUGGCACUCCCUUCAGAAUGUUUGAACAGGCAGAUAACAGCGAUUAAAGAUGAUUACUAGCUUUCCACGGAAAGGUUUGAAUAGACUGGUGUGAUAGAUCAAGGCAAAUAGCGGGGUACCGGUAAUAAUACACUUGUCUAGUGUCCUUUUACGCUGGUGGAUUGUACGGUUUUGAUGCACCAGGAUUGUUUUCUAAGCUAUAUCCUUCUGUCUGUCAUGUAGGAUUGGGACUUCCACUGUCAGAGAGGCCUAAAUCCAGUGAUCUGGCUCCACCUCACAGAGUGCGGACCAAACGCUGUGCCUGCAACAACCAGCUGGACUCUGAAUGCCACUACUUCUGCCAUCUCGACAUCAUCUGGGUCAACACACCAAGGUGGGCACACACACCUCACAGAAAUAUAUGUAUUCACAGAGAGAAACACAUGCACUUACACUACACACCAUCAAGGACGUCAAACAAAUACCUCAGCUUUGCAGACAUAAACUUGAGCAAUUCACUUAUGUGGGUCAAUUAUGUCACAGUGUGAUGAUAUCAACAUAAUCGAUCAACAUAAAUAUUUGCACCGUUUUUUAUUUUAGCUGUGUAUCAUUAGUAUCAAUAUGACAUUAUUCUGGCAAUCAUCCCUGUCUGGCAACACUGCAUUUUAUUAAUGCCAAGGAACAAAGUCUAUAAACAUUGUGGUUAUAUCUUGGGGGUGACUGAUAAAACUGACAUUCCCUUUCUCUCUUUCCCUUUCUGCAGUAAGACUACUGUUUACGGCUUGGGCAGCCCUCUGUCGCGUCGCCGUAGGUCCGCCGGUCGCUGUGUGUGUGCCGACUCUGACGACCACACUUGCACCAUCAUGUGCCAGGACAGGUGAGUAGGGGUCACAACAAUAGCCAAGACAACAUCACACACACCACCACCUCAGACAGACAGAUACUCAGUCACUGUGGAAUGUCCUAGUUUUAUUAGUCAGCCAUUUGAGGACACAGAACAAGAGGGACUCCUUGUUGAAGCUCUUCAAGGUGCACAAGGUGUGGUCUGAGAGCAUAGCUCACUUCUCUGGGAUGCUAUUAUUAGCUUGAGGGAGUGUUAUUGUGUGUAUCACACAGGCGUUCCCUCUCAGGGUGGAAUGAAUUUGCACCACAUGUUACGGAGUGCCCGAGGGGGCAGUGCAGUCUCAGGCUGCUCUAGCGUCCCCACGGCAUGUUUUGAUUGGCUGAAGGGACCGGGGAGUGAACUGUGUAGGCGUCUCGUAUCAUUGAAAGGCUGAGUUAGGGAUUAAUGGUUCCUAAGGAUGAUAGAGAAACAAAUACAGGCACCUAGAGACACCCAGAGACUCAUUCCACUCAUUGUUCCUCAUUGGGAGACAAAUGGGUCGUUUUUCAUUUAGGGACAGUUAGGGCUCUAGUCAAUUCAAGUUCAGCGUUACAGCGGGAUUGAAAUUGAAAGGCAAUGUUCCCGCAUUAGCAGAGACUGCAUUCAUGGUAAACGCUGCAUAUGUCGGCUCAAUCAGAAAUUACCUUUACAUUUCUAGCGCGCAAUCUGUAACGCUUCAGCGAUACAGAUUGAAUAGAGCCCUUAGACAUUAUAUUGUAAAGACAUUAUUGUUUGGUCUAUGCCAUUGCAAUGAUGUCAGUAAAACUGUUAGUGUACAAUAAAGUACAAUAAAGUUGUCUUUAGAUUGCCAAAUUGGCAAAAAAAAAAAAAGAGGCAACAGUUCUUUACACACCUGAUUCUUUGAUCAAAGGUAUUGUGAGAGUUCACUGAUAUGAGGGGUAUCUACAGUGCCUUCAGAAAGUAUUCAUACCCCUUGACUUAUUCUACAUUUUGUUGUGUUACAGCCUGAAUUCAAAAUUGAUUAAAUAUAUUUUUUUCUCACCCAUCUACACACAGUACCCCAUAAUGACAAAGUAAAAACAUGUUUUUAGAGAAUUGUGCAAAUUUAUUGAAAAUGAAAUACAGAAAUAUAUAAUUUACAUAAGUAUUCACACCCCUGAGUCAAUACUUUGUAGAAGCACCUUUGGCAGUGAUUACACCUGUGAGUCUUUCCGGGUAAGUCUCUAAGAGCUUUCCACACCUGGAAUGUGCAACAUUUGGCCAGUAUUCUUGUCAAAAUUCUUCAAACUCUGUCAAAUUGGUUAUUGAUCAUUGCUAGACAACCAUUUUCAGGUAUUGCCAUAGAUUUUCAAGUAGAUUUAAGUCUAAACUGUAACUCGGCCACAUUCCCUUUCUUCUUAGUAACCAACUCCAGUGUAGAUAUGUCCUUGUGUUUUAGGUUAUUGUCCUGCUGAAAGGUGAAUUAAUCUUCCAGUGUCUGGUGGAAAGCAGACUAAACCAGGUUUUCCUUUAAGAUUUUGCCUGCGCUUUGCUCCAUUCCGUUAAUUUUUUAUCCUGAAAAACUCCCCAGUCCUUUAACGAUUACAAGCAUACCUAUAACAUGAUGCAGCCACCACUAUGCUUGAAAAUAUGGAGAGUGGUACUCAGUAAUGUGUUGUAUUGGAUUUGCUCCAAACAUAACACUUUGUAUUCAGGACAAAAAGUUAAUUGCUUUGGGAUUUUUUUUGGCAGUAUUACUUUAGUGCCUUGUUGCAAACAGGAUGCAUGUUUCGGAAUAUUUAUUCUGUACCGACUUCCUUCUUUUCCCUCUGUCAAUUAGGUUAGUAUUGUGGAGUAACUACAAUGUUGUAUAUUCAUCAUCAGUUUUCUCCUAUCACAGCCAUUAAAUUCUGUAACUGUUUUAAAGUCACCAUUGGCCUCAUGGUGAAAUCAUGGUUUCUAUCCUCUCCAGCAACUGAAUUAGGAAGGACGCCUGUAUCCUUAUAGUGACUGGGUGUAUUGAUACACCAUCCAAAGUGUAAUUAAUAACUUUACCAUGCUCAAAGGGAUAUUCAAUGUCUGCUUUUUUAUUUUUAUUUCACCCAUCUACCAAUAGGUUCCCUUCUUUGCGAGGCAUUGGAAAACCUCCCUGGUCUUUGUGGUUGAAUCUGUGUUUGAAAUUCACUGCUCGACUGAGGUAGCCAUUCCAAAAUCAUGUUAAACACUAUUAUUGCACACACAGUGAGUCCAUGCAACUUAUAAUGUGACUUGUUAUGCACACUUUUACUCCUGAAGUUAUUUAGGCUUGCCAUAACAAAGGGGUUAAAUACUUAUUGACUCAAAACAUUUCAGAUUUUCAAUAUUUUAUUAAUUUGUAAAAAUAUAGAAAAACAUAAUUUCACUUCGACAUUAUGGGGUAUUAUGUGUAGGCCAGUGACACAAAUAAAUUCAGGUUGUAACACAACAAAAUGUGGAAAAAGUCAAGGGGUGUGAAUACUUUCUGAAGGCACUGUAUCUUUGUUAUCACACCAAAAUUCACGGUUUGCAACACUGAGGCAAAUUGCUGUGUCAUUGUAUGGUUUAUUCCAUAGUUUUUGGAAAACUCUUGCACUGAUCAUCGUUUUAUGGUGUCAUGUUCAAAAUGUCUGCCCCCAUCUCUCUCUCUUCUUGUGUGCAGCUCAUAUAACUCUUCACCGCAGAGCGCCAUAAAGAGCUCUCGUGCCAACCUGUUGACUUUCUUUAGGUGAGCUUAAACUAAGUCCUGGAACAGCUGUUUGCUAUUCUGGUUAUCAAAUGAAGCAUAGGCUGUACACAUAAUUAUUUAAUAUUGUACCACAAGAUGACCUUUUGAUUAUGUUGCUGACCAGUGUCUCUUUCCUCCAUAGAUCUAUGGUCAGAGCCUCUGAGAGAGCCAGGGGAUGGGCCUUCCCACCCAGGAAGGAAGAAGCCGGGGCCCAUGGGCUUCAUGAGCGCUAAACAACAUGGUGUGAGGAGAGAAGAGUGAGCACCAGAACAAAUGACACUCCUCUAAAGUGGAGAUGAGCAGAACAAAGGGCUGCUGAGAGAGAGGUGUCACAUGCAGGAAGGCCACAGACCGGUGGGACUGCCUGACUAUUUGUCUGUUUGCACCCAGAAAUAGAGGGUGGAAAACAAAAUGUGACAGAGGCCUGAAGACUGAGAAUAGACGCUAGAUCCAAACCUUGAGGGAUGGAUCAGGCAUGAUGCACACAGGCUAUUUGUGCAGCAAAAUAGUUAUUUUAGUGGCUGGAAGGACAAGGGUGGUCCAUGCUACUGGCUGACUCUGGCCAGGUAACCAUAGAGGAGAGAACAGUUGAUGUGUUUAUGCUGGUUGUCUGUGUUCAAAACAGUGGCAGACCAUUGCUGUCAUGAUGGAAAGAAUGUAACAGGGAGAAUACGACUGACAGGCUACUGAUACGAUCAUCAAAAUGAUGAAUGAGAUAAUCACUGUGUUUUUCUCAUUCUUUUGCCUUUAUUUGAUUGUACAAUAACAACAUAUUAUGAUUGCUAUGCAGGUUAUUCAUCAGGGAAAAUGACUGAGGUCAUUUAAAGGUGCAAUGUUUAGGAUUGUUUAGGAUUAUACACUGAGUGUACAAAACAUU